UCUUCAAUUCAACUAUCACAUACAUAACAUGAGAUGAUCCUAUUCUAAUUAAUUACCAAUCUAAGACUUCUUACCAUAGAAAACCUAUGAGCCAACAACUACCCUCAACCAUCACAUUAAUUACCAGCAAAUCCAUCACCUACACGUUAGGACUACAAUGGUAAGCGUCGAGGAUAGUAGGGUCAUUUUACCUGCAAAUGGCCACAGUUGUGCUCCUGUCUUCCCCCUUCUUAAGCUCUCGAUUCACCCUCGUUUUCGAGACCAUAUCGCCUGGUCUCCGGCGCCAGCGGAGGACGCGCACUGACCACCGUCGCCGAUGGACGUCAUCGGAAUUGAGAAGGCAGUUUCCAGCCGCCUCGGUUGCAGUGGCGGCCUGGCCGGAGGAGGGUGGAGGACUCUGGUCCUUCUUGUCGUUGCCAUCGUCACGUCCGCUGCGGCGCUCUUCGCGUCCUUCUCCUCCUCUACUGGCCGCGUCUCCAUCUGGUUCUCGGUCCCUUUCCCUGUUCUCUCCUUCUACGGUGACGUCGGGUCCAAUUCCUCCACGUCGUGGCCUACUCUUCCACUCUCGCAUGCUCCUCCGCCGCUUGCUCGUCCUCUUCUGCCUCUCGGUCCUUCUUCGUCCCCUGUUGCAGCUGCACCACCUUCUCCGUCUCCGACUGCAUCGUUCGUCGCCUCGGAGACGCCGCCUUCCUCUGCACAUUCUCCUCCUCCUGAUACCGGUGGAACGGCGACGCCUUCUCCUACAGAGCCUGUGAACAACUCCAUCAACGAAGCUGUCACCAUCAAUCCGCCUUCUUCUCCAAGUGAGAUUUCUAAUGCUGCAGAAGUCAAGGUGCCGACUUCCUUGCGAGAGACGGAACUGCAGCUCAUACAAGCCAAGAGAGAGAUUGCUGAUGCACCAAUGAUUUCGAAUGACUCAGAUCUUUAUCCUCCAUUGUUCCUCAACUUUUCAGUCUUCAAGAGGAGCUACGAGCUGAUGGAGAGAAUUCUGAAGGUGUACGUCUACGAGGAUGGAAACCGACCCCUUUGCCACACACCUGUGCUCGGCGGCAUUUACGCCUCCGAAGGAUGGUUCAUGAAGCUGAUGCAGGAAAACCAGCAGUUCGUGGUGAACGACCCCGAGAAGGCCCACCUGUUCUAUCUCCCAUAUAGCUCGCUCCAGCUUAGAACUCAUCUUUACGUCCCCGACUCGCAUAGUUUGCAGCCCAUAUCCAUCUUUCAAAGGGACUACGUGAACUCGAUCUCUGCUAAGUAUCCAUUCUGGAACAGGACGAAAGGAGCAGAUCAUUUCCUCGUUGCCUGCCAUGACUGGGCACCUUACACCACCAAGCUUCACAACGAGCUGCGAGAGAACACGAUCAAAGCAGUGUGCAACGCAGAUGCUUCCGAGGGGAUCUUCGUCCCCGGAAGAGACGUCUCCCUUCCUGAGACGCACAUCAGAACGCCCAAAAGGCCAGACAGCGACAUUGGAGGAAGACCUGCGUCCGAGAGGGCUAUUCUGGCGUUCUUCGCAGGACAAAUGCACGGCCGCGUCAGACCGAUCCUGGUCGGACAAUGGCGGGGGAGAGACAAGGACAUGAGGAUAUACGAAGCUCUGCCGGCGGACGUCGCAAGAAAGAUGUCGUACGCCGAACACAUGAGGUCGAGCAAGUACUGCAUCUGCCCCAUGGGGUACGAGGUGAACAGCCCGAGGAUCGUGGAGGCCAUCCAUUACGAGUGCGUGCCGGUGAUCAUAGCCGACAACUUCGUGCUGCCGUUCCAAGAGGUGCUCGACUGGAGCGCGUUCUCCGUGGUGGUGGCGGAGAAGGACAUACCGAGGUUGAAGGAGAUACUGCUAGGAAUCGGUGAAGAGCGGUACAUGACGAUGCAGAUGAACGUGAAGAGGUUGCAGAAGCAUUUUGUGUGGCAUGGGAGGCCGAGAAAGUACGAUCUGUUUCACAUGAUACUGCACUCCAUUUGGUAUAAUAGACUGAACCAAAUCCCCGUCCAAUAACAUUACAUACCAUUCGUUUCAUCCUUAUAUAUAGUUACUGUAAUAUAUGUUACAAUUCAUUGAA